UACCUGGAAAGCGUGCGUAAUUAUUACAUAACUUAAUUUCAAGAGUAGUAAGACCCUCAUUGAUCGACAACAGCAGACGCUGCCGCCAACCCGGGAUACUUUAUAACGCACUGAAAUGGCGUUUUGGGGCGCAGUAGUUAAGCCGGGCAAGCCGCAUGCGUUCGUGCCGCCGCCCGAGGACUGGAACUUGCACCUCUCGCAGGCGGCUCUGGAGCCCACUGUUAAGGAGGGCGUUCGCGUUUCGGUGGCGGUCAAGUCGGAUGAGAAAGAUGACCCCAUUAUCGUGUGCACGCUGACCGCUGGUCGCCAGGACACGGUCCUCCUGGACAUGUUCUUCUCGCAGUACUCGGAGUUUUCCAUCAUCGGCAACCACCCCGUGCACCUCACGGGCUACUACACUCCGGCACAGCACCUGGAGGGCGAUGAUGAGGACGAGGGCGAGGAUGAUGAGGAUGAGGAGGGCAUGGAUGAGGAGGAGCUGGCUCGCCACUUGGGCUUCCCCAUGGGUCACCCCGCGCUCAUGGGCCGCGACCACGACGAUGACGACGACGACGAUGACGAUGAGGACGAGGAUGGGGAGGAUGAGGAUGAGGACGAGGAUGAGGACGAGGAUGAGGACGAGGACGCGGAGGACGGCGACGCUGACAUGUUCGGCUACCCGGGCCGCCGGAAGCCGCAGGUGGUGAUUGAGGAGGUGACGGAGGAGGACGAGCAGAAGGAGCAGGCCAAGGGCAAGGCGGCGGGUAAGAAGGCGGAGGAGCCCAAGCAGCACACGCCAGCGCCCGCGGCGGCGGCCGGCGCCAAGCGGCCCGCGGAGACGCCCGCCACUGCCAACGGCGGCAAGCAGCAGUCGGGCAAGGAGGAGCCCUCGGCCAAGAAGCAGGCGGUCGGGCAGCAGCAGCCCACGCCCGCGGCGAAGGGCAAGGACGCGAAGCAGGAGCAGCAGCAGACGCCCAAGCAGCAACAGCAGCAGGCUAAGCAGGCGGAGCCCAAGUCGGACGCCAAGGCGGACGGCAAGACGCCGAAGAAGGGCGCCAUCCGCCGCCACCCCAACGGAUUCGAGAUUGAAGACGUGGCCAUGGGCCCUGCCAACGGCAAGCUCGCCAAGCCCGGGCACAAGGUGUCGGUGCGGUACGUGGGCCGCUUGAAGAACAACGGCAAGGUGUUUGACAAGAGCGGCGGACAGCCCUUCAAGUUCCGGCUGGGCGUGGGGGAGGUCAUCAAGGGCUGGGACCUGGGCGUGGACGGCAUGCGUGUGGGCGACAAGCGCCGCCUGUGCAUCCCGCCGCAGCUGGCGUACGGCACCUCGGGCGUGCGCGGCAGCAUCCCGCCCAACGCCACGCUCGAGUUCGACGUCGAGCUGGUGGCGGUGCAGUAAAGGGAAAGGAAAGGGGAAAGGGACUUCGUGCUGAGGGGUGGGGAAAGAGUGAGCGGGCGAGAGUGAUGGUUUGAGGGUGGCGGUGGCUGGAGGGUGGGAGAGUGGAUGAGAGAUGGGGAUCGAGAGAGGGCUGAGAGAGGGCUGAGGGACCGCUAGGCCCCGCAAUGGUCCAGGCGUGAUCGGCGGUGCAUGGGAGCCGGAGUCACAGCGCGCUUCAAGACACUAUGUUUUGCUUUGCGUUUUGAGUUUCGCACAUCUAGCAGACGGUGCAGUCCUGGGGCUGGGGUCCUGCGGCAGACCGCUGACGUCGGGAGGUGCUCGGCAGGUGGGGUGAGCUGGGGGUCACUGGGAGGCAGGCUUGCACAUACGGAAAAACCUGCUGAGUAUUGUUCGGGAACGCCCGCAGCAAUGUCUGCGUUCGUUUGCUUGUUUGAUUCGGAUUCGGACCGGGUGCAACGGAGGCCCCCAGGGCAAGACUUGCGGCGGACUGCCGUGCAGGAUGACGGCUGGAGGUGCGGCGGGGGGAGAGGCAGGGGUUGGCGGCGGGAGGUGCAGGCUGGACGUUGGGGUACUCUUACUCGCAACGGCACCGUGUGGCUACGCCGUGCCCCCUAUUACAAGCGGGAUAGAGGUGCACUCCGCGAGCCCGGUGAAUAGCCGGAUGGGCCAUCUUAGCCAUGGUUGGCUGCCGGUCUGCCAGUGGUCCGGUCUGGGUCUGGGUGUGUGGGCCAGUGUGGGGGCAGGCGGGGUGAAGGGGCGUGCCUGAGGUCCCGCGGGUCCCGCCUGACCUGGCAGCCACGUUUGGACUCGAGGCCGCGGAAGUGCGCGCGUGAUGUUGCUGCAAGCACUGAAGCUGCUCGGAGGCGUUGUGCCGGGCGUUGCACGCAAAACGCGGGAGAGGACGGCAAGGAAGCGUUAUGGCAGCGACGUCAUUGCGCGCCGCUCCAUCUGAACCCAGAUCGCUUUCGG